AUGACAAGAGUGCGCAUGCGAAAAAUUGAAACUUCGGGAUAUCUCUAUAGAUAUAGACCGAGAAAACCAAAGACAAAACCUACACGAAAAGCAUCACAUGAAGACGCGUUUUAUUUCAAUCAAUAUGACGCUUCUCAGCGGCCGCGUGAAGAGUACAGCAGAGAAGCCGACAUUGAACAAGAAUCUGAAUCCAGUGGUGUCGAUUUAGAAAUCGAUGG